CCGCCCCCUUUCCUCUUUUUGCGAAUGCUGUGAGAUCGAAGCAGACGGGAACGUGCAGGUGAGGGUCGUGUGGGUGUCUUGUUCUCCACCGCCUACCAUGGCAAUGAGGGAGUUGGUGGAGCCAGAGUGUGGGGGCUCCAAUCCUCUGAUGAAGUUGGCUAGCCACUUCACUCAGGACAAGGGCCUGCAACAAGAAGGGCUCCAGGGCCCCCUAGCUUGGCCUCCCACUGGUCCCGUGGCAGAUGUGGUGCCCAAACCUCUUGGAAGAGCCUCGGAAGAUGAUUUGGUGGCAGAGUUCCUUCAAGAGCAGAAUGGCCCCAUGCUGUCCCGUGCCCCACAAACAUUCAAGAUGGAUGAUCUGUUGGCUGAGAUGCAGGAAAUUGAGCAGUCCAAUUUCCGACAGGCCCCACAGAGAGCUCCAGGGGUGGCAGCACUGGCGCUCUCGGAGAACUGGGCGCAGGAGUUCCUUGGCGCGUCUGAUAAUACAGUUGACAUCUCAGCAGAUUAUAAUGAUGCCGAUUGGUCCCAAGAAUUCAUUGCUGAGGUUACAGAUCCAUUAUCUGUAUCUCCUGCCAAAUGGGCAGAAGAGUAUUUGGAGCAGUCAGAGGAGAAGCUGUGGCUGGGUGAAUCAGAAGAUCAAGCCUCAGUUGAUAAAUGGUAUGAGGAAUACCAGCCUGAAGACGAUCUCAAGAAAACAGCCAAUGAUUUUCUUUCAAAAGUGGAUGAUCCCAAACUGAAUGAUUCUGAGUUCCUAAAAUUUGUUCGCCAGAUUGGAGAUGGGAGGGUAUCCAUCGAGGCCAAUCGGGUGACCAUUAAUCCCAGGGACCAGGAUAAGGCAGAGCAAUGGGCAACUGAGUUUAUGCAGCAGCAGAAUACAUCCGAAGCCUGGGUAGACCAGUUUGCACACACUGGGGAUGCCCUGGGCCUAGAUCCAGAAUUUGAGCAAGCCAAGACCGCUGUGGAGUCAGAUGUGGAUUUUUGGGACAAAUUGCAGGCUGAGUGGGAGGAGAUGGCCAAGCGAGAUGCAGAGGCCCAUCCUUGGCUAACUGAUUAUGAGGAUCUUGCCAGCUCCACUUAUGACAAGGGAUACAAGUUUGAAGAAGAUAACCCUGUACGGGACCACCCGCAUGCUUUUGAGGAGGGGCUGAAAUGCCUGGAGGAAGGGCAUCUCCCCAACGCUGUCUUAUUCUUUGAGGCUGCUGUGCAGCAAAAACCUGAUCACAUGGAGGCUUGGCAGUACCUGGGAACCACGCAAGCUGAGAACGAACAAGAGCUUGCUGCGAUCAGUGCCCUUCGACAGUGCCUGACCUUGCAGCCUGGAAACCUCACUGCACUCAUGGCUUUAGCCGUCAGUUUUACGAAUGAAUCGUUGCAGAAGCAGGCAUGUGAAACCCUACGUGACUGGUUGCGCCACAAACCUGCCUAUGCUCACCUGGUGGGAAAAGAAUCUGAAGGGGAGAGUUCUAGCCCAGGUCUUGGGCCCUCCAAACGUGUUCUGGGUUCCCUUUUAACUGAUUCGCUUUUUCACGAAGUGAAGGAACUGUUCUUGGCAGCUGUGCGUAGCAACCCCACCGUUGUGGAUCCUGAUGUGCAAUGUGGGCUGGGUGUUCUCUUCAACCUGAGUGGCGAGUAUGAGAAGGCUGUGGAUUGCUUCACUGCUGCCUUGAGCGCACGCCCAAAUGAUCAUCUCCUUUGGAACAAACUGGGAGCUACCUUGGCCAAUGGAAACCGGAGUGAGGAAGCUGUAGCUGCUUACAGGCAGGCGCUGGAACUGCAGCCGGGCUAUAUACGCUCUCGCUACAACCUAGGCAUUAGCUGUAUCAAUUUAGGGGCCCAUAGAGAGGCUGUAGAACACUUUUUGGAAGCCUUGCAGAUGCAGCAGAAGAGUCGGGGGCCACGGGGCCAGCAGGGAGCCAUGUCUGACAACAUCUGGAGCACCCUCCGUAUGGCCCUCUCCAUGCUGGGCCAGAGCAACCUCUAUGAAGCAGCAGAUGCCCGGGACCUUCCUACCCUUCUACAGGCUUUUGCUAUUCAGCAGUGACUCUCUGAUGGGCUCCCCUGCGAAUGCAGGAGGGGCCCUCAUCAAUGCCAGUCCCUUCUUUCUCUUCCCACCCAGGCACACAUGGCUGAGUCAGGGAUACUUCUCUUUUAAGUCUCAAGUUGUCCCAGAAAACAAUAUAUACAUCUAUUUUCAGACUCUUUUUUAGGGCAGGUCACUAGUUUACAUGUUGUGCUGGAUCAUAUUUCUGUAAAAUUAAGUUUCUGCAACCUAUGCAAAUCCAGCAAGGAAUGGUAUCUGCCGUGUGCCUCUCCCAGCCUGCAAGAUUUAGUCUCUGCCUGGGGAAAACAGUCCUUUGAGCAGGAAAGCGUUUAGAUUUUCCUGCAGUGGUGUCCUCUAGGCACAAAUUUAAAGGAGUGGGCUUUUUUUUCCUAUAGGCCAGUCUCUGUGAUGCAAGGAAAGGAGUUCUGGCCUUGCCUGCUAAAUCAGAGUGAAUGCUGGUAUUCUUUGCACAUCAUGUUAAGAUGAAUUCUGUUGAAAAAUCCUUUUGCAAAAGGAUGAAUCAAAAUAUGAAUUUUGGCUCUGGGCUUGGAAAGUGCUGCUAAUGUUAAAGGGACAACAGAAAGGGAAUGAACAUGAAGUAGCAGCGUGGCUGAUAUCACCACCCCAGAGACUGGGGGAAGGAGCAGCUGUGUACUGAUUAAAAUAAGAAAGUACCUGGGAAGGGGCAGAAGUGGCAGUUAUCAGAAACGCGAAGUGUGGGGCAGAAACUUUCUCUUAACUACCCCUCUGCCAUUUUGGUUUUCAUAACUCAAUAAAGUGGGUGGGUUGUCUCUAUGCAUCAGGCUUUUCCCCCUUUGGUGUAAUUGGCUCUUUAAAUAUAAAUAUAUGUAUAUGAUUUUUGUUGGGAAAAUGUUUUUAAAUUGUAAAGUAUUUUGUAUAAUAGAAGGUGAAAGAAUAAAACCCGCCAAAUUAA